UCUGCUGUUUUAUGUAGAUUUCUUUGCAACGAAUUUAAAUGUGAUAGUAGAUUUUUAAGAAUUUAAGUACGAUAUACUAUUUUCAUUAAAUAGAUUUCUUUGUUAUUAAAAUACAGCUUUUGUCUUGUGGUCAUGGCAAAAGCAUUAUCCUACUGUAGAAUUAGAAAGCAGAAACUUCAAAAGUUAUGCGGAUUUUGGCAGAUAUCAAGUUUUCAGACUAGAUGUUGUCAAGAAGGCAACCUUCCAAACUUUGGGAGCAGUGUCCUGUCAGAUAUAUCACAGAUUGACCCAGAUUUAGAUGUCGGUGAUAGACUUUCAAAUCCACUGGAACUUCAGAAAAACAUACAGUCAAGGAAAUUACAGAACAUCAGUAUUCAAAGACUGGCAAUAAAGUAUGGUAGAAUGAUGAAGAUAUUGGAGGAAAAACAGGAUUUGGAUGAAAGGAGGAAAACUUUUUCUAUGACAAUACAAAAUCUGAUGAAAGAAAAGAAACAAGAGGAAGAAAUUAUGAGAGUGAAGGAAGCAGCAAGAGAGUUGAGAGAUAAACAUGACACAGCAGUGAAAUCCUUACAAGAUAUUCAGCAUGAAGUCAAGCUUUUGGCUUUUGGACUCCCAAACACGCUGAACAAGGAAACUCCUGUAGAUAAUGAAGUUCUUCUAGAGACAUCUGGAUCUUCUGAAAUGCUGAAGGGGAGAGAUAUGAUUUCUCACAUAGAGCUUGCUGAGAAAACUGAUAUGAUAAAAUUCAGUUCAGUUGGAAAUGGAGCCUUUUAUUUUGUUGGGGAACUAGCUGAAAUUCAACAAGAGCUGCUGUCAUAUUUCUCCACAAUGAUAACUGAACAAGGAUUCAUUUUAAUGACUGCACCAGAUUUCUGCAAAGACUUUGUUACUGAAGGCUGUGGGAUAAGGAGAGACUUGACAUAUAAAUUGCAGCAGCCCUAUGUUGAUAAAGGAGUACAGUAUAGUGUUUUGGGUGCUUCUGAAGCAUCAUUUGCAGCAUAUUUAACAAAAAUGAACAUUACUAAGAAAGUACUUCCUUUACAACUAGUGUCUACUGGUCCAAGUUACAAUUCAGUAUGUGACCCAAAAUAUCCAGGAUUAUUUUCUGCAACACAAACCUCAAAAACUAAUUUGUUAGGAGUUUACUCCACAUUGCCAGAGUGCUAUGAAAAGUUUAAAGAGUUACAACAACUUUUAUUUCAUGUGUAUAGGAACUUCAAUAUUCCAAUCAGGUUAGUGUUAGUUCCUGCUCAUAAGCUGAAGUUGUCUGAGGAGAUCAGGGCAGAAUUACAGAUGUGGACACCAAGUUUGCAAGAUUACUUAUCAGUCUAUGCUGAGGUGCUGGAUACAACAAAGUUGAUAGCCGUACUUAUGGAGUAUGGAUCUGUAAACAGAGAUACUGUAGCUAAAAUAAUCAUGGAGAUUGAGAGCUCAACCCCACCUGCUGAGGAGCAGUCAGGGGAGAGAACUUUGUCAACGUCUUAUCCACAAGAUGAUAUUCAUCGGCGACUUUUGCCCGAACCACAAAGGGUUGAGUUUGAAGUGGACAUUGUACAGAUCCUCUUAUUUGUGACAGCACUAGCUACUAGACUAUGGAUGCUGGGUCACCCCAGAGCUGUGGUAUUUGAUGAAUUACAUUUUGCCAAGUUUGCAUCCCUGUAUAUGAAGAGGAUAUUUUUCUUUGAUGUUCAUCCACCAUUAGGCAAACUCUUGUUAGCAUUAGCAGGAGGAUUUAGUGGUUUGGGGGAUAAUGCAGAUUUUGAUCAUAUUGGAGCAGGGUAUUCCUCAUCAUUCCCCGUGUACACAAUGCGACUACUUCCUGCUAUGCUGGGGAGUCUGGUAGUUCCACUUGUGUAUCAGAUUGCAGUAGAACUGCACCUCUCUAGAUGGGCUGCCCUGCUGGCAGGGCUUUGUAUAGUUUUUGAUAAUGCCAUUUUAGUGCAGUCACGUUUCAUGUUAAUGGAAGGAAUGCUGUUGUUUUUCAUGUGCCUAUCUAUCUACAGCUACCUAAAGUUUAGGAAUUUAUCUCACAGAGAAUUUUCUGUGCAGUGGUUUUUCUGGCUCAGUCUUACUGGAGUGUGUUUUGCUUGUGCUCUGAGUAUAAAGUACGUUGGUUUCUUCACUGCCGUUUUGAUAUUACUGCAUGCAACUAGGGAUUACUGGAACAUGUUAGCUGAUGUUAGCAAAUCAGAUCUUUGCCUUGUGAAGCACCUGUUAGUCAGAACUCUACUCCUGCUAACUGUCCCAAUCCUCUGUUAUAUACUGGUCUUCUACGUCCAUCUCUCCCUCCUCAUCAAGGCUGGGCCACACGACAACAUCAUGACAAGUGCCUUCCAAGCUAGCUUAGAGGGAGGUUUAGCUACCCUAACUAAAGGACAACCCCUCAAUGUGGCCUUUGGCUCUCAGAUUACCCUGAGACACACCCACUCUCUGUCUCCCGGGAAACCAUGCUGGCUCCACUCCCACGCUCAUGUUUAUCCUGUCAGGUACCCUGAUGGGCGGGGCAGCAGUCAUCAACAACAAGUCACAUGUUAUGUGUUUAAAGAUAUAAACAACUGGUGGAUCAUUAAAGAUCCAGAUAGUAAUUUAUUGGUUGUUGAUGAGCCACCCAAACCUGUCAAACACGGAGAUGUGAUUCAACUUGUUCAUGGUAUAACCAGUCGUGCCCUCAAUAGUCAUGAUGUGGCUGCUCCCCUCACUCCCCAGAACCAGGAAGUCACCUGUUAUAUUGACUAUAACAUCUCAAUGCCUGCUCAAAACUUGUGGAAAGUUGAGAUUGUGAACAGGAAAUCUGAUGAUGAGGCCUGGCAGACCAUAAACAGCCAUAUCCGCCUACAUCACGUGGGGACACUACAGGCUCUGAAGUCCACAGGUAAACAGCUACCGGACUGGGGUUUCUUCCAACUGGAGGUGACCACAGACAGAGUGACAGACCAACCAGCCACAGUGUGGAAUGUAGAGGAACACAGAUACACCAAAAGUCAGGAUAAGGAGAGUCAGACGAGGGACAUGGCUCAGUCUGAGAUGAUCCCCACAGAGCCCACCCACCUGUCCUUCUGGACCAAGUUCCUGGAACUCCAGUACAAGAUGUUCAUGGCUAAAGGUGAUGUAGAAAUGGAACACAAGUACAGCUCAGAACCAAUACAGUGGCCAUUCCUCUCCAAGAAUAUGGCUUACUGGAUGAGUCCAAAUAGUAAUGCACAGAUCCAUUUAAUUGGGAAUCCCGUUAUCUGGUAUUCAGCCUGUCUGUCGGUGGCAGGGUAUCUAGGACUGUUUAUCCUGUAUUUAAUGAGGAGGAGACGAGGCUGCUUUGAUCUUAGUGAAGGGGACUGGAGUCACUUUGUGUUUGUGGGAGAACUUUUAGUGGGAGGGUAUUUACUGCAUUAUCUCCCCUUCUUCCUGACAGAACGCACUUUGUUCCUACACAGUUAUCUCCCUUGUGUGAUAUAUAAAGUACUGGCAAUGGCAGCUUUUAUUGAUCAUAUUUAUUUCUAUAUAAACAGGGUGUCAUACAUUCCAACUAUGUUUACAAUGUUCAUGCUUGGACUAAUCACCUGCAUGUUGUGGGCUUUCUAUAAAUUGUCACCAUUUUCUUAUGGAAUCACUAGUUUGACAGCUGAGGAGAUUGUAGGUCUGAUGUGGAGGGACACGUGGGAUUUCCUCAUUUACACCAGUGUGUCACCACCCCCCGAGUAAGGGGGAGAGUAAUUGAACAGAGAAUACAAAGGUUGUGAAAGGGAUUGGUUUGUCAUCAUAUACCAGGAUAUACAAUAAGCUUGAAAGAAUCUCUAAUAUAUCUAGUCAAUUUCAUUCAUAUCAUUAACUGGGAUACAGAUAAAUGACAAGAAAAAAAUAAAUAAAUAAAACCAACAGGGUAUUCUAUGCAAUACAGCAUAUUUGUAAGCGAUGUGUCCUUUAGGCUUUAUGAAUAAAGGUUUGGUAAAAGAGGAUUGCCGUAAGAAGAAGAAUCACACCUAUUUUCUCUUGUAUUAAAACAAUAUUAACAUUCAUAUGAAUUUUUGACUACCAUGAUUUUGUCUUGAAUUUAAUAACAUGAGCAAUAUCUGCCAAAAAUAAUAUUGGUUUAAAAAAAAAUGUGUGAAAUUAAUGAAACAAGAUCCUUCAGAAAAUGAAUUACUUCGUAGUAAUCAGAUAUUCUUCUACAGUAUUAUCUAUAUGUAGAAAAGUAUAUAUUGGAACAUACAGUAAAGUUUUAAAAAGUGUCAAGAAUUGAUUAUGCAGGUAGUACAUUGUAACAAGUCUAUCAUGUGCUGUCAGAUUAAAUAUAAGUAAUGUGAAAGGUGAACUCUACAUCUCUUGGAUAGAAUUGUUUGGGAUGUGAUGUCUGCAAUAAUAAUAAAUUCCCGUAAAACAAUUAGACAUUGUCUAGAUAAGCUGCCAUAUUUCUGUGACUUUCAAAGCUAAAGUUGUGAUUUGUUACUUUUGUCAUAAAAAAUAUUUAACUUUUUAUUUUGCUAUUAAAUUGAUAUAAAACUC